UCUGACAUAACUGUCCUAAUUUGCAGAAAACAUUGUGUACAAAGCUAUAAUGUGUUUGAUUUUCUGAGGGAUAUUGUUAGUAGAGUUCCUGACUAUGGUCAUGGUCAUUCUGAAGCUGCUGGUGAGGAUCGAUCUAUUGCGAAGAGAAGGAAAGCUGCUGGUGAUGAAUGCAAUGACAGUGACGAAGAGUCAAAGAGGAGCAAGAUGCAUGAGAUGGGCCAUGUCAGUGGCAGUGGUAGAGGGAGGGGCCGGGGUCGAGGAAGAGGCCGUGGACGAAGUGCUCGCCAUCUGGAAAGAGAGUCCUCUCAUCGUGAGAUGGAUUCAGAACCUUCUACAGCUGUGCAGCAUGGCAUCAAAGAUAACUCGAGCUCUGGAAUGGUGGUGGAUACUGCUUCUGAAUCAAAGGAGUCUAAGGAAAAUAUUAUAGGCAGUGAUGGUGCUAAUGCAACAGCUCGAAAUUUUGAUCUGAACGCAGACUUAGAUGACAAUGUGGACACAAAGGCUGCGGUAGCACCACUAACAGCCCCAGCCCCAGCCCCAGCCCCCGCCCCAGCUCCAUCUGCAGCUCCAGCUCCAGCUCCAGCUCCGGCCACAGCCCCUGCUCCUGCUCCUGCUCCUGCUCCUGCUCCUGCUCCAGCACCUGCUAAUAUCUCCUUAGCAGGACCUUCCGAGGAGACUAAACAUGAAGAUAUUCCAGGUUGGUCUCUCUCAGAGAUGGACAGAAUGGCCAUUGACCCUCUUCAGCUUGCAAACCUCAGCAGAAGGUUGGACGACGACGAUGAAGAUUAUGACGAAGAAGGGUAACAAAUUAUGAACCAUGGGGUCUCGAGAAGGAUAGUCAUCGAGAUCAGAUCUAAUGGGUAGUUAACAAACAGAAGAAAAACAGAAGAUAGAUGCAAGCAUAAGUAUGGCCUACUUGGUGGAGAAUGAAAAUAUGUCUAUUGUGGUUCUCCCUGGGAAGGGCUUCAAAGCAUUAUUCUUUGUUUCUAUUUUGUUCGUCACCAUGAUGUGCAUUUUCUGUGGUAUCAGUUCCUAACUAGCUCUUUUUCAGGAACUAGAUUUGCAUGACAAUUGGAGCACACUUAGUUUGUGCAUUUCAACUAUGUAAUGUAGGCAGAAUAUGGCAGCCGUAGUAGAUAGUAUUAGUAGUAGUGGUAGUAAAUCAUUUAGUGGUUUGUUCAACUUUUUGGCAUUAGGCUUGGUGGAACUAUUAUAAGGUGUAGUAGAGUUGCCUUUGCUUUGCUUUUACUGCACAAGGCAUAAUUUAGUAAAGGCGCCUUGAAAUUUCUUCUUAUUGAGUGUCUUCUCCA